AUGAAAUGCUUCAGACAUGAACAAAUUCUAAAUAUUAUAAAUGGGGAAAAUGUAAAUAUCGAGGAACUUAAAAGAUUGUCUAUUGAUGGUUGUCCUGAUUCUAAUGGAGUCCGUUCAAGAGUUUGGAAGUUUCUUCUAAAUUAUCUCCCUUGUAAUGUCGAUAAACAACAAGAACGGAUCGCUUUUAACAGAAGGCAGUAUGAAGGUUUUGUUAAAGAAUUUGUAUUUGAGUCUUGUGUGGCAGAUGCUAUGCCUGCUGAUCAUCCACUAAGUUUAGAACCAGAUGGAAAUUGGAUUGCGUUUUUUCGCGACAAUGAAGUAUUACUGCAGAUUAAUAAGGAUUGUCAAAGGCUGUGUCCAGAUUUUGAUUUCUUUCGUCGUCCUACAGAAUAUACUUGUCUAUCAUUAUUUGGAAAGGAAGUACCUGUUGGGGUGUUACGGAGAAGAGGGGAAACCUCUGCACUCCAGUCACGUUCACUGAAUAAAAAUCUUGUUGGUGUUACAAAUAUGAUUCAUCUGUCUACUUACUCUCCUUUCCAAUCAAACCAUCGAUUAUCUUCUGGUUUGGUAGCACAACCCCAGAGAAGUAAAGUGAACCAUAAAAGCGACUGGAAUUCGACAUCACCUCAUCAGGAACCACAUUGGGAAGUGAUUGAACGAAUUCUCUAUGUAUAUUACAAAACCCAUAUGUCUCAGGGUUAUGUUCAAGGAAUGAAUGAAGUUAUCGCACCAAUUUACUAUGUUUUCGCCACUGACCCAGAUGAAUCUUGGAGAAAAUAUGCCGAAAUGGAUACAUUUUAUUGUUUUAAUAAUCUUAUGACUGAAAUUCAUCCUAAUUUUCUACGAAAGUUAGAUGGUAGUCAUGAAGCUGGUCUAGGUGGUCAAAUGAAAAUUUUAUUGGAUUUAUUGUUUAAAUUUGACGUUAAUCUGUUUAAUCAUUUAAAAACGAUAGAACUUGUUCCAGAACAUUUUGCAUUUCGAUGGUUAAGUCUAUUAUUGGCGCGAGAAUUCUUACUUCCAGACUUGCUUAUACUAUGGGAUACACUUUUCUCAGAUCCGAACCGGUUCAAUUUACUUCCAUAUGUCUGCUGUUCAAUGUUAAUUGGUAUUCGUGAUCAACUGUUAAAAGCUGAUUUUCCUGAAGCUGUUCAACUUCUUCAAAAUUAUCCGUCAAAUAUCGAUGUUAUGCCUAUUCUUUUGAAAGCCAGAACAUUUUAUUCAAAUGAUCAGAACUGAAUUACAACUGUCGACUGUUUUUUUGUGAUUUACCACCUAUUUUGAACAAUGUGCAUUUUUGGUUUGUAUACAAACAUAUGCGCGUACUCAAUGUGCUUAUUAGUUUUCCUAUUCCCUCAAUAACUAAUUUCGAAUAUUUCUUUUUUGAUUGUAAUCAGGUAAUAAUGUUUAUAAUCAGAAUUAUUGUUAUUAUUAUUAUUAUAAUUAUUCAUUUCAUAUUAAAUUGUUAGUAUGAUUUUUUUAAUUUCUGCUUUUGUCUCUUUUCUCCAUAUUCUUAAUAUCAUGAAUUUUUGUUUAAUAGUUUCUGCCGUAUUCUACAUUGUUAUGUGAUGUACACAUGAUUUCCCAUUAAAUUUUUUGUCUAAUGAUUGAACUUUGUAUGCUUGUUUGAAUAUUCUGAUAAAUAAGUUAAAGUCAAUUACCUUUUUAUUUAUGAACUGCUACUUUCACAAUGAUUAUUUUUUGAUAAUAAACUUCCAAUGAAAUCCUUGUUUUGUAAUAGCAUUGUUUAAAUAAAUACCUGUAAUUUU